AGUGACGUAAGGACACAACCGGAAGUAAAAAUCUGCGUAUGUUUAAAGCGAGCAUUCACAGGCGUGUAUAGUGACAUGUUACAGUUUAUUUCGCAGAAAGAGUGUUUUAUAAAGUGGACAUAUCGACACGUAACUGCGUACAGAGGUUCGGAGGCACGUUAGAAAAGCCCAAAAUGGCUCAGUACACUUUCCAAGAGCAGUUGUUGUCCGUCAUGGAGAUUCUGGCCAAAGCAGCCACGGAGGAAAUUAACCGGCGUGUGGCCGACAGCUGUGCGGUUAUCCGCAUCGAGCUCUCCCGCAGUCAGAGGGACAUCGACAGCCUGAAAAGGAAAUGCCAGGUGAUGGAGAAUGAAUUGAAGAAGGUACGCGGAAGAGGGAGGAGGAAAGUGUUCAUCUGCAGCUCCUCUGAGAAGAUACCUUUUCAGAGUGCUUGUGCCCGAGACUCUGGUGUAAAUGCAUGCAGUGCUGAACAGCCUGUUCCACCAACACAGGAGGAUCCUGAAGGGUCUACGCAGCAGAUCCGUCAGACUAUCCAGAUACUGGAGGACAGAUCUGCGGCAACAGCCAUUAAAGAGGAGGGAAAUGAAAAUGAUCCAUGGAGUAGCGGAGAGGCUGCAGGGCAGUUUCCUUAUGGGUGUCAUGGCAAUAAGCCACACAACACAGCUCAGGAGAUAAGUGAAGAACAAAACCGAUUUAGUGAAGAGAUGGCGAGACAGAGGACGCACCUCACGCACAUCGGUUCUCCGGUUACAAGCAACGAGGAGCAUCCAAGCAGUCUAAGACUUCAGGUAAAAAGUGAAAAGGAGGAAGCGGAAGAGAAGGAAGUAGCAGAAGUCAUCGUGGUGGAAGGCUCUGAGCAAAGGAGAGACGAUACUAAUCACCCGGAGUUUGCUUAUAACAACAAGAGUAAUGAGGCAGAAAGAACAGACAAGUCCUUCACAUCCACUCAACUCUCAUGUGACCUUUCACUCUUCUCUCAGCCUGUGGAAGUGGCCAUGGAACAAUCCGGAAACGAUGCCAAAACUAUACAGAAUGACCAGAUAGAGAUGUAUGGUGUCGGACAGGUCAGUGUCCAUGAGCAAACACAGCCAACCUGGUGCAGGGACAGAGCACACGAGGCAGAACAUAUGGUACAAAGACAGAGGCAUGAUGGCUUAAGCGCACACCAGCAGCACAGGACUUUAUCCAGACCCAGUGAGGCCGAAGUCGGAGCCGGCAUGGCUUCCCAGACCGGAUCUAACAUACCCCACCAGGCGUUUUUGGGACGUGGCCGUGGUGGACUCAGACGUUUCCGCACUCAGUGGGUAACAAGCGUGGACGGAGAGCGCCGCUUCAGAUGCUCAUUCUGUGAGCGGACUUUUGUGCGUUUUGGCCAGCUCAAGGAGCACAUGCGCAGCCACACUGGCGAGAGGCCGUAUACGUGCAGCCAGUGCGGCCGCAGCUUCACCAAACAAGGCAAUCUGAUCCGGCACGCCGUAGUGCACAGCGGAGAGAAGCCAUACCAGUGCAGCCUGUGUGGGAAAUGCUUCACUCAGCGCUCCAGCUUAAAGUCCCAUCAGAAAACACACAUGCCAGACAGAGACACUGUUCUGCAAGGAUUAGCUGUGCGUCAGCUAGUCAGAGAGCAGCACGACAGCCUGGCUGUCACACAAACCAGGGGUUUUGUAUAGCAACAACCCAGCAUCGAUUUCAUUAUAACUUGUAUGGGCAUGUUAUAAGCAGUUACACAGCAGCAUUCCUUGACACUUCACAAUACAUAGCUGCCUAAAGAAGCUGUAUGUUUGCCCAGUGUUCACAUUCCCUAGAAACGUUCUUUCCUUUUCAGAAGGCAGCAUAAUGACAGAUGUCUUCUAAAAUUCUUUAUUUUGGUCAGACAUGAAGGAAUAUCAUGUGCUGUUCUCGGAGGAGGACCUACUGUUCAUGAACAAGAGUUCUAUUGAAAGUUUGGAAAGUAUGAUCGAUAGCUAACCUAACAAAAAACACUAGCUAGCUAAUGUAAUGUGUCUUAACAGGUCAUGUAGGUCAGAGUUUGUAGGUUGUGCCACAAUGUGGCAUUAAGCUUUCAACUUCUUUUAAGCACCAGACUCCAAUACAUUCCCAGUCCGUUAAUCAUUGCGGUCUUUUUCACCAGACUUGGCAUGCUAUGAGCGGUGCAUGUCACUUGAGUUCUGUUAUUACGGCAUUCCAUUUGGGUCACACUUGGGAUUUCAAGCUAGGCUUGGCUCUUAAUCUAGACAGUGCACAGCUACAUUUCAGCCUGUAGUUCUCCUGCAGCAGUGCGCUCUGUCACAUCAAAUAAUAAUUUGAAGUAGCCAACAUCCCAAAGCAUAGUCUUCUAGAAAUGAUCUUGCCUCUUGUCAGACACUGUGUAUUAUUUUGUGGUGCAAAAACAACAAUACGUAUGAUAUUGUGAAACAUGUUUCUCGUUACACCACUAGAGACAAUGAUGCAAAAAUAUUGCAUCUCAGGAUCUUUGCACACUUGCUCACUCUGUCUGUCACACAUAUUGGCUGUAUAUGAGUUGUGCUUGUCAUAGUGUAUUGAUUCAACACAAUGUCAUGAAAUCAUUUGGAUGGGUCUCCACCACUGUCACCAAUGGUGAUCCAUUUCCACCACAUACGGUGUACCAUUUCCUGACGGUUAGUGCACCCCUGUCUCCUGUCCUCUCAUGUCCUUCAAAUGCAAGUGUUCUGGUUUGCAUUGUUUAAAAGGUUGGGAACCUCUGACGAACCUCUGAUUUAACUGGUCAGGUAGAGUUGCUUACCUAGUAGAAGUGUAGUGCAGCAUUUUUUAUUUAUUAUUAUUAUUAUUAUUAUUAUUAUUUUUACAUGUGAAGGAAUUUACUUACUCAGUUACAUUUAGCAGGUUGAAGAUUCUCCACAAGGGGGUUCUCUCAAAUAGCUGAUUUAUUGUUACAAGAACCAGCAGGUUCUGACAAAACGCAUAUAUACAGUGUGUCCCAGUAGUCUCCAUACAUAGAGGAAAUUAACAUUUUGUAGCACAAUGUCUUCCAAAAUGUUUCAUACUUAGUUAAAUAGCCUUUACGAAUGCCUUGGACAAAAGAUGAACGUAUUGAAAUUAUUCUCAUGGCUGGAUCGUUAAGCUGUUGCGAGGUUGCGAUGGACUUUAACAGAAAACAGGGCGAGCACAUCACACACGACACUGUUUCCAAACUUAUUAACAAAUUCAAAAAGACGAAAGGUUGCAGACCAACCAUGAAGUGUACGUCCACGAACAUCCACUGAUAAAGGCACAAACAAUGUGGCGCUGGUUGCGUCAUGGCUCUCUCGUGAAUGCGUGUCGGAGAUCUAUGCGGAAGUGAAAAUAUUUUGUGAAUGAAGACUUCAUUGUAGUUUUUUGUGCACACCAAGCAUUCGUAUCACUUCAUAAAAUUGGGAUUAAACCACGAGUCACAUGGAUUACUUUUUUACAAUGCCUUUAUGAACUUUUUGGAGCUUGAAAGGUUUGGUUUCUAGACUGUAUUAGGAGGGACAGAAAUUUCCCAGGUUUCAUUAAAAAUGUCUUCAUUUGUGUUCUGAAGAUGUACGAAAGUCUAAUAGGUUUGGAACGACAUGAGCUUGAGUAAUUGAUGAUAAAAUUUUCAUUUUUGGGUGAACUGUCCCUUUAAGUCAUUUUGGUAAGGACAUAGUAAAUGUUAAACAUUUUUGUUAAUAAAAAGAAAACAGUGGACUUGAGGAAAUGAAGGGCACAAGUACACAAGUGUGAAGGAUUUGCGUUUAGUGAUAUUAAAUAUGAUAACUUUCAUUAUUUGAAAGGAACAUUAAAACAGGUGAUGAUCCCCUGCAUAAUAGCACGUUCGCCUCACACCUCCAGAGUCGGGGGUUGGAGUCCCGCCCUGGCCCUGUGUGUGCGGAGUUUGCAUGUUCUCCCUGUGCUGCGGGGGUUUCCUCCGGGUACUCUGGUUUCCUCCACCAGUCUAAAGACAUGCAUGGUAGGCUGAUUGGCAUGUCCAAAGUGUCCGUAGUGUAUGAAUGGGUGUGUGAAUGUGUAUAUGAUUGUGCCCUGCGAUGGAUUGGCACCCUGUCCAGGAUGUACCCCGCCUUGUGCCCGAUGCUCCCUGGGAUAGGCUCCAGGUUCCCCGUGACCCUGAGAAGGAUAAGCAGUAUAGAAGAUGGAUGGAUCCCCUGCAUAAUUUGAGAAAAAAUUAUCUGUAUGUGUUUUGUUAGAAGACUCAUUUGUUUUUAUUGAACAUCACUGUUGCUUAGUGGUUAGCAUGUUUGCCUCACACUUUGGAGAUUCGAAUCCCGCCUCCACCCUGUGUGCACAGUGUUUGCAUGUUCUCCUUCUGUUUCGGGGGUUUCCUCAGGUUACUCUGGUUUCCUCCCCCAGUCCACAGACAUGUGUUGUAGGCUGAUUGGCAUGUCCAAAUUGUCCAUAAAGUGUGAAUGAAUGUGUGUGUGAGAUUGUGCCCUGUGAUGGGUUGGCACACUGUCCAGGGUGUACCCUGCCUUGUGCCACAAGUUCUCUGGGAUAGGCUCCAGGCUCCCUGCGACCCUGUUUAGGAUAAGCGGUUUGGAAGAUGGAUGGAUAUUGUGCAACUAUAAUUAAUAGGCAACAACUUCUCAGUGCUAGUACAGUAUGAAAAUUGUAAUAAAUAAAUAAACGAU